AUGGAAGCCCCUCACCCCCCCCCCGACCCAGUCGUGCCUUCCGUUGCCAAUGUUCCUGUUAGUCGUCUCGGUCCUGGGUUCGGCUCUAGGGUAGGGGUCUUCCAACCCGUGAUAUAUGGCAAGUAUCAUAAUGCUUAUGAACUUCCAUCGCUUCCUGACUGCUUAUCGGAUUUUAGCAUUCUUCACACCGAUCGAUGUAACCGCUUUGCUGCUGAUCUUCUCGCUGGAUCAUCUCUGCCGGGACGCAACGUGUACAGUAUUUCGGAAGCCCCUCAUCCGUCCGACGCAGUCGAGCCUCCCGCUGCCAGCGUUCAUCACAGUCGUCCCGGUCCUGCGGUUGGAACUGGAGGAGGGGUCUUCCUGCCCGCAGACUCAGACAAGUACUUAUCAUCCGGUGACGGUAUUUUGCCUGUAGUAUCUCGAAAUUCCAGCGGCUUCACACCUCUACCGUCUCCCACGGAGCAUACUACACUUACGCGUAGCACUGUGAGAAAGGGCUUGUUGGUGUUUUAUCAAAAUGUACGGGGAUUACGGACCAAAAUAGACGACUUCAUUAUUGCUGUAGCUGAAUCAAACUUCGACAUCAUCGUUCUUACUGAAACGUGGCUCGAUGAGAAAAUCUACUCAGCGCAGUUGUUCGGCGAUUCAUUUACGGUAUUUCGUUGUGAUCGGAGUUCACACAAUAGCAGCAAAUCACGCGGUGGUGGCGUACUAAUUGCGGUCUCAACGAGGCUAAGUGCUUCCAGCGAUCCUUCCCCCAUAUGCAAUACUCUCGAACAAAUAUGGAUAAGAGUUAAGUUACCUGGUCACACAAUGAGCGUAGGAGUUAUCUACCUUCCCCCAGAUCGCAAAGGGGAUCUGAACAGCAUUGAGGAUCAUAUCAGUUCCAUCGAGGCGGUUUACUCAGACCUCAGCCUUUCGGUCUUCACGCUAUUAUUCGGCGAUUAUAAUCAAUCCGGUCUUGUUUGGAACUUUCCUGGGCAUGCACCGCCUGCGGUUGACAGCUUGCGAUCGAACAUUUCGGUUGCUUGCGCUGCCCUCUUAGACGGUUUCUCUCUGCAUGGUCUAACGCAGAUAAAUACGGCGGUCAACAGAAACUCACGCCUGCUUGAUCUUGUUUUGGUCAACGAAUCUGCAACCUCGUUUUGCUCAGUUCAUGAAGCUGUUAACCCGGUAGUUCCACUUGACGCUGAUCAUCCCGCUGUUGAAGUAUUAGUGGACCUGCCAGUCUCCUUUGAAUUUGAAGACAUUGUUGACGCAAGUGACUUGGACUUUCGAAGAGCAAAUUUUUCUGCCUUAGCCGAAGCAAUCAGUCGAGUCGAUUGGAGUUGCCUUGACCAUUUUGCGAAUGUUAACAAUGCUGUUUGCCAUUUCACCCAAACCAUGAAACACUUGAUCUCCGAUUGUGUUCCCACUCGUAGACCACCUCGUAAACCAGCGUGGGGCGAUGCUCAUUUGCGGUUCUUGAAGCGACUUAGAUCUUCCGCUCUACGAAAAUACAGUAAGCUCCGAUGUCCAUUCUCUAAGCGACAGUUUAACAUAGCCAGCAACAAUUACCGAGCUUAUAAUCUACUCUUGUACAAAAGGUACACUUUACGAAUGCAAUCCAACUUGCGCAGGAAUCCUAGAUCAUUCUGGUCGUUCGUGAAUUCCAAGAAAAACGAGGUAGGACUGCCUGUAAACAUGUUUCUGGGUACCGUCUGUGCGAACACCGCCGUGGAAAAAUGCGAGCUCUUUGCCACUCACUUCAAGAAUUCUUUUAACACUUCUGUUGCUUCGGAAAUGCAGACUGCCUCUGCAAUCCGAGAUACUCCAUGUGAUGCGAUCAACUUGAAUAUAUUCCAUAUAAACGAUCAACUCGUUGAAACCGCGAUCAAAAAGCUGAAAUAUUCGUUCGCUGCUGGAUCUGACGGAAUUCCUUCUUGUGUUCUGAAGAAAUGUGCUGCAGCUAUCGUUCGCCCACUGGUGUUGUUAUUCGAAACUUCUCUCCGGCAAAAUGUAUUUCCUGAGUCAUGGAAAAAAUUCAUCAUGUUUCCCGUGCACAAAAAAGGAGAUAAGAGGAACGUGGAAAACUAUCGGGGUAUCACAUCACUUUGUGCCUGCUCGAAACUGUUGGAAAUCAUAGUCCACGAUGCACUUUUUAUGUGCAGUUCGCAGUACUUAUCCGUUGAUCAGCAUGGAUUUUUCCCUAGAAGCUCAGUUGCCACUAAUCUAACGCAGUUUGUCUCGUUUUGCCUAAACGUCAUGGAGGAAAAUGCGCAAGUGGAUGUUGUAUAUACAGACUUAAAAGCUGCCUUCGAUCGUGUUGAUCACGCGAUAUUGUUGAAUCGUAUGGAGAAACUUGAAAUUUCUGUCGCUUUUAUCAGAUGUGUUAUCUCGUUUUACCGCAAACUGAACCCGAUUACCUUUGAUUACUCUAUUCUGGGUCAUGCGCUGCAACGGGUUAAUCAUAUUCGUGACCUGGGAGUGAAUCUUGACUGUGCUCUCACCUUUCGUUUGCACUUUGAAGAGAUCAUCUCAAAAGCUAAUAGGCAACUCGGUUUCAUCUUUAAAAUAGAUAACGAGUUCCGCGAUCCAUUUUGUCUUCGUUCGCUAUACUGCGCAUUGGUACGAUCAUUACUCGAAACCUGCUCAAUAGUCUGGUGCCCGUUUCAAGCUAACUGGAUGGCGAGGAUUGAAGCAGUACAAAAAAAGUUCGUCCGUUAUGCUCUUCGGAUGCUGCCGUGGAGCAACCUGCUGGACUUGCCUCCAUAUGAAAACCGAUGCAAAUUGCUAGGACUUGAAACCCUCGAAAAGAGACGUACGACUGCUCAAGUUGUGUUUGUUGCUAAACUCCUGAUCGGCCAUAUUGACUGUCCGCCUAUCCUGGAACAACUGAAUCUAUACGCUCCGGAAAGGGCUCUUCGUACUAGGAAUUUCCUUCAUCUUGACGCUCGGAGAGUUAACUACGGUCAGUUUAGCCCGAUAAGGUACAUGGCAGCUCAGUUCAACACUGUGUACGAGCUGUUCGAUUUUGACAUUACCAUAGACACUUUUAAAAGACGACUCCUGCAGAGACGAUAG